GGCGAGGCAAGCAGUUGGCCCCACACCCGGCACCCGUCCUGCCGCGUCCCCCUAUACGCUAGCUUGGUUGUGGUUGUGCGUGUGUGUGUGUGGUCAUGUUGUGUUCUAGGAAAUAAUAGCGGUGGUUCAUAUUCUCGCCCUGCUGGAUCCCUUGCUUCACUCUACUGUACUGUGAUAACUAUGUAAAGCUGCUCUACGCUGUGAUUGGCAGCGCGGCCCGGGAGUGAGACGAUGCCGAAGGUCAACGAUCCACUCUGUCCGCUGGGCUUCCACCCCCAGACCCGCUGGCCCAACAGGUGCAAGCGCUGCUUCAGGGACUACAAUGACCACAAGAGCGUUAAGGAACAAUCGGGGUCAACCACAUCACUCAACUCCUUAUCCAGCUACGACCCUAACACCAAGGUCAAGGACGAGGUCGAGGCGCCAGGAACCUACAGAAGGACUCGAUCUGACCUCAGCGCUGAGCUCAUCUCCCGAGUCAACGCUGAACAGAACCACCGCGGGGAGGCCAACAACUCCAACAAGUCAUGGAACAAGUCCCGGCCUGUGUCAUGGUCAGCCCAGGACCUGAGAGCUGCUGUUGACGAGGCCAAGGAACAGAUCCGCUCAUCAAGAGAAGACUUGCACCGCCUGUAUGGUAGCAGCAGGUCUUUGUCGCAGGAUGUCGGCAGUCUUGGCGACCUCCGGGGCAGCUCGAAUGACUUAUCAUCAUCGAGUAAAGACAAAGACGACGUGUCAGGUUACUCCUCCUUCUCCUCUUACUUAGCCAUGCGUACCAAGUCCCCAGCCAGGCCUCCGCUCUCCAGGACAUCUUCCCUACAAGGAACUUCUUCUACCUCGUCCUCCGCGAGAAGGGACGAGGAAGAGACCGCAAAACCUAUAGUGGAAGACGAACCCAAAACGACGAAAAUAUCGACCGAAUCCAAGACUUCGAAGCCGUCUACCUUACCUUCCGUACCUGAGACUAAAUCCUCCAGAGCCUCACUAACGCCAAUAAUCGAGAGCAAGAGUCUUAAGAUUUCUUCUCCGCUGCCGUCCAUAACAGAGGCUAAACCCCCUAAGCCUCCCUCAAGACUAAAACCGACCAUAAAACUUGGUGAGAUUAAGGAAACGCUGACGCCCGCGGACAACCCCAGGAAGAGUAUCAUCAGUCUGAGGGGCGAUGGUAACGGGGCGAGUACAGAGGUGAAGAGCGAGGAUGACUCGGCCGACGCCACCUACGUCAUCCAACUCUCUAAACCGAAGAAAGAACCAAAGAGAGUUGAGAUUGAUCUCCAGUCUGAAGUUGAUCGGCUGCAGAAGGAGCUCAAGGAGAAGAUUAAACAAGUUGAAGAGAUGGCAGAGAGAACUGAGACGUUAGAGAGAGAGAAUAAGGAAUUGUUGACCAAGAAACCCAAGUUUGGUGACGUGAGGAAGCAAGCCGAGUUGACCAAGAUGCAACAGAAGUUUGAUGAUCUAAACGAUGACAUGAAAACCAAGAACAAGGAAAUUAAGGAUCUCAAGAAGGAGAUUGACAAGAGACCGCUGCCCAAGGACGUCGAGAAGACCAUGGAGGACCUCAGAUCCAAGCUACAAGCGGCGGAACAACUGUGUGAAGAACUCAUGGACGAGAAUGAGGAUUACAAGAAAGAGAUCCGAGCUCUGGAGGACGAGAUCGAGGAGAUGCAAGACAACUUCAGGGAGGAACAAGCUGACGAGUACCGUCGUGUCCCCCGGUAUGUUAUUAUGAGUGACAACGAUUCCUCUCCUCCUUCUCUACCACAGGACCUCAGAUCCAAGCUACAAGCGGCGGAACAACUGUGUGAAGAACUCAUGGACGAGAAUGAGGAUUACAAGAAAGAGAUCCGAGCUCUGGAGGACGAGAUCGAGGAGAUGCAAGACAACUUCAGGGAGGAACAAGCUGACGAGUACCGAGACCUGAAGCGGGAGUUGGAACAAACGGCCAAGAACUGUCGCGUCCUUCAGUUUAAACUAAAGAAAGCUGAGAGACGAUCUGAUCACCUGGAGCGAGAUAAGGGCGAGAUAGAGGACAAACUGAAAGAGCUACAGGUGGGUGAGGGUGACGUAGAGAGAGCAGAGAAGAUCAAGAUGUUGGAGAAGGAGGUCAACCUGGCCAAGGAUGUCUCCAUGAAGAUGCACGACGAGAUGGAGAAGAUGAAGUCACAGCUCGAGUCUGCUGAACAAGACAAGAAGAAACUGAGUGAGAAAGUCCUCGACAAGCCAGUCAGACCGGGUGGUAAAUACAGUCGGUCACAGAUGAUGGGUCGUCAGGGCAGCCAAGACAACACCGACCAGCUGAUGAGGGACCUACAGGACGCUGGCGAGAGGGAGCAGGACCUCAAGGAUCAACUUAAAUUCGCCGAGGAGGAGACUAAAAACUUACGGAAGAAAAUAUCUCGAGUCGAGGAGGAGAACGAGACACUGGCCCUCCAACUCAAGAAGAUGAGUAACAAGGCCAAGGCGAACAGGCAGAGAUCUAUAGAGCGUUCAGGGUCUCUGGAGAGAUCUAGUUCAGUGGAGCGAGGAUCACUGAGUCGUCAAGGCUCCACCGAGAAGCCUCCAGCCAAGGAACCUGACGAAGGCAUCACCGAGGACCUGGAUCCUACUGAACUAAAGCUCCAGCUUGAGUUAAAUGAACAAGAAUCAUCUGUACUGAGGAGGAAGAUCGAGGGUCUGGAGUCUGAGAACGAGCGACUACAGAAGGAGAUCAAGGGGAUGCUCUCCCCUACAGACACCAAGACCAACAAGGUUGAUAUGGGGUUAGACCUAAAGAAGCUGGAGAAGGAGACGGAGAUACUAAGGUCGAAGAUACAGACCGUGGAGGGUGAGAACGAGCGACUGUGUGAUGAAAACAAGAAACUGCAGCUGAGGGUAGUGAAGCGCCUCCCUCUGUCUGGUACUGAGAGCAGCUACAUUGAGAGACAGGUGAUGGAGGAUAAGGUGCGUCGCUUAGAGAAGAAGUUGAAGGAUGCCAACGAGAAGCUCAAGACGGCGCAGGUGAACGCUGCCGUGGCUGCGUCAGGAAGCGAGGCUGAGGGUAAGAACACAGCGUCCAGUAGCUCAGAAAUGUUACAGUUAAAACAGGAAAAAGAUCAUCUACAGAGUGCAGUGACGGAAAAAGGCGAUGAGAUUAGUGACUUGAAAAAGAAACUCAACGAUUUACAAGGAAAAUAUGACAAGAUCUUCAAGGACAGCGAAGACAUGAAGAAAUCCUCCGCUUAUAAAGACAGAACUCCUAAGAUACCAAAAGACUUUACACCAAAGGCGACCUUGAUAAAAUGGGUGAAUGAACUAGAGACAGAAUGUGCCAAGCUUAAUGUCAAACUAAAAUUCAUGGAAACAGAGAAACAAGUCUUAGACGAGAUGAGUUGUGGUAAAAGAGAUGCUAACAAAGCUCUAGAUGGGGAGAUGUGUCACAUGCUGUUCACUGAGAGAGAGGCCCUCGUGGUGGAGAACUCCGGCCUUAAAAACAAACUGGAUUAUAAGGGCAGUGAGGCGAGGCAGCUGAAGCAAACAGUACGCGAGCUUGAAGAAGAGAUAAAUGCUUUACAGGAGAAGCUUAAGAGCCAUAAAGAGACAGAAGCCAAGAUGAAUGACAUUAUCACCUCAGAUGAAUGGAAGUUUAAACAGCCGCUAGAUUUCACCCCUAAAUCUGUCCUUAUAAAAAUGAUAAAUGAUUUAAAUAAAGUUUGCGCAAGCCUACACGUGUCGCUGAAGGAGGCGGAGAAGAAAAAGAAGGGUCGGCCGAGCUCAGAGGACCUGACAAACAUACGUGACUUGGAGGACAAGUUGGGGCGUGAGAAGGAGCGAACUGAAGAACUUUCUCGACAACUGAAGGAAGAACGUGAGAAGCUGGAUAAACCUUUAGCCAAUAAACGAUGGUCUGGAGGCCGCGAGGACGACCUCCGACGGUACGAGGAGCGGAUAACCUCCCUGAAGAAGGAGCUGAGCCAAGAGAAGGAGAGAAGCGAGGAACUGAAGGCCAAGAUGGGGGAAGGAUCUCAGGUUGGGUUUGAGGAACUUCGCUCAGCACAAACUGAGAAACACAAACUUCAGAAAGAGCUGUCGACGGCACAGCAGACCGCCACCAUCCUGGAGAAGAAACUGAAGGAGACAGAAGAGAACCUCAAGCUGGCGGAGAGAACAGAGAAGAAGAACAAAUAUGCUGUUGACAAGUUGGAGUCCAAGCUGGAUGAGGAGAAGAAUAACUUGACUGUUGCUGAAGAUCGGCAGAAGGAGUUGACAGCGUCUUGGUUUAAGGAACGAGACAGCCUCAAACAGGAACUUAUUGAGAACAAGAAACUGAGAGAGAAAGCCGAGCGUGAACUACGAACUACAAAGAAAGCUCGUGAUAGUAUGGAAAUGAAGCUGGAAGACGAGAAGAGACGAGGAGACGAGGUGCUGCUGGGCAAGAGGAAGGACAACGAGGUACUGAACACUCUCAAGACGGAGAAGGAGGAACUGGCGUCAGAAGUAGAAGAACUUAAAGACACCAUCACUAAGAUGGAAAAGGCGAAGGAUACGUCUGGCAGCAAACAAAAGCGGGAUAUGGAGGCUGUCAGGAAGGAGAACGAAGACCUCACCAUCCGCAUGAAUACUCUGGAAAGUGAACUCAAGGCGGAGCAGAAGCGGCGGGAGCGACUAGAGAAGGAGGCAGGAAUCCUCAAGAAUAACGCUAAGGCUGAUGCCGAGCUUAAGAAAGUGAAGGAAGAGUUGGAGUCUCUUCACAAAGAGUACAAAGAUUUAGAGAAGGUGAAGGGACAGGAGUCGAAGAAGAGACAAGAGUUACAGACCAAAUAUGAUCUACUGGAGGAAGACUUUGUUGUUCAGAAAGCUCAGUUCACCAUGAACAAUGAAGGCAUCCAACAAGACUAUAACAGCCUCAAGAAGGAACACAGCACCAUCGAGACGGAGCUCAGGACCUUGAGGGACACCUACAACUUGAGACAAGACACCUGGAUUAAGGAGAAACUCGAUAUGCAGGAUCAACUUCGGGAACUGGAAAAUCGCCUCAACAAAGCGUCAAGCGAUCCCGCGUCAUACUCGGAGAAGAAGCGACUUAAGGACAUCAUUGAGGACAAGAACCAACAGAUCGACCAACUCAAGAGGGACGAAGACAGUCUCAAGGACCAGGUGUCUUACUACAGACGAGAGAGUGAAGAUCUCCGGCGUAAGGUGGAAGAUCUGGAGAAGUUACAACAGCUGAACGAGAAGAGGACGUCAUCCCUCGCGAACGACACCUCCUCCUACGACAACACCAUCAGAGAGCUGAGAGCAAAACUCACAUCAACGGAGAAGAUAUACAAGACUGAACUGACCAAGAUUAAGAUGAAGUAUGACUCUAAGCUGAAGGCUAUGACAGAGGAAGUCUCAACCCUGACCCAGCACAUGACGAAGUACAGACGAGAGAGAGACACCUAUAAAGAGAUGCUGGACGGUACACAGAGAACUAUUGCAGAGCUCAAGGGCAACUCUAACUUCAGGGCCUCGAGAGCUGACAAUGCCACAGAGAUUGCGGCGGUCCAGCGCAAGGCGGGCCUGAAGGCUCAACAGCACCUCCUGGAGACACAAGAACUCAACGCCCAGAUCACAGAGUUUGAGGAUAAGUUGGCUGAUGCACGUCUGGAGAACACCAAACUCAGGAACGGAGCUAUUGACCAAAAAACCAACUUCGAGAUCCAACUAUGUGACUUACAAACUAAACUUAACGAGUAUGAAGAGGACCGACUACUGGUUGGUGGUAGUCGGCGAGUACCUGGCCUCAGAACCCGUCUCGAGCUGAACUGGCAGAAGGAGCGAGAGGAGCAGCAGCGACUCAUUCAGGAGACUGCCACGCUCGCUAAGGAUCUCCGGCAGACAUUGUACGAGGUGGAGCGAGAGCGGGACUUGGAGAGGUUGGAGGCGAAGAGGAAGAUAGACCAACUGAAGAUGACGGUGGGUCAGGAGACGACAGACACCAAGACCAAGGUUCAGGAGCUGCAGCGAGACUUACUGGAGCUGCGGGAAGCACACGCCAAGCUGCGGCAGAUCAACGAGAAACUGCGGCGGGAGAAGGACCGAACUGAGGUGGAGCGGGAGGCUAUGAGAGAUAAGUUCUUGGGCACGUCCAGGGAACACCUCAACCAGCAGGCCAAGAUGGAGCGGCUAACAGACGAGAUGAGGAAGGUGAAGGAUCUGGCUCCACUAGUGCUGGGUGAAGCUAUUGACGGGCGUGACGGCUCCCUCACCAAACUGCCGGGAGACGCCAAGCCUAAGACGAAGGAGGAGUUCACGGAGUCGCUAAAGAAGGCGUGUAGGAACAUGGAGGAGCUGAAGAGAAUGAUGAACCUCUCAGACGAUAAAGACAGACUUAGAAGAGCUCCCUCCUUCAGAAGAGCGUUGUCAGACUUGGAUAGUGAGGACGAAGGCUUACCACUACGGCCCCGGAGCCAACAGCGAGGUACUCUACACAAACCUGGAGCCAAGGGUCAGAGAGCGUUAUACCGUAAAGCUCAAUCCUUGGAUCACCAGAUGGCUGAGGAUAGGAACAAGAUCUGGGUGUCGACGGACGCUGGCAGCACUACUAGUAUAGACUCGACCAUGACCGACGACAUGCGGAGAGCCAAGUAUGACAGAGACAUCUCCCUCGACAGGAUCUCAACGGGGUCUCAGACGAGCGACCUCGACGUCUUGGGUGAAAAGAAGAAAAAGAAGGGCGUUAAGGGCAUGUUAUCCAAGCUGACGAAAUCUCGCUCCAUCGAGGAAUCCUCUACGGGCGGCUCCAUUGUGGGGGCAGGUGUUAAGGCGAUGGGCGUGGGUGUUGGCGGCUCGGGCAAUGAUAUCCCUGAUGAGGUAGAGAAAGAAAGUAAAGUGAAAGGCAAGAUAAAGGGACUCUUCAAGUUGGGGCCGCCCUCCAGGUCUCAGAGCGUGGACCGAGGUACAAGCCGAGACGGACCCAAUGUCAAAGCGGUUGCCAGCAGCUUCGACGGUGACACAGCCUCCAUGGCAUCGAUCACCUCCCUGGAGAGUAACGCCAGCGCCAACGUACCACCGGUGCUUCGUAGGUACAAAGGACGCGUCCAACCUAGCGGCGCUAUGACUAAAGCUCAGUCAUUCUCCGCCAUCGGUCGCCAGAGUUCGUUGGAGACUGACGUGUGAAGGAGGUGACCGAGGACUGGCGAAAACUUAAACAUUAAAGAAGAGUGCCGGAGAAUGGGAGCAGCAGUGUGAGAGCCCACCGCUCUUGUAUACAGUACACAAUCACCAGCAGCAGCAGUGGAUGAAACAGACAACAGUUGUUUACUCUCCUCGUGCAGACUACAGUGUAAUGAUGGAGUGUCAUCUUUGGAUAUUUUGUGGUUUAAAGUAUACCUCAUAUCUUCAGUUAUGAGUGAAGAUCAACAAGGUAUAUAUAUUUAUUGUUCGUAAGAUAUUGUUGACGUCAUAGUUAAACUCCAUCAUGUUCCGCUCUGCUUGUCUGUGUGUGAGUCAUUCUACUGAGGACCCCAAAUAUCCGUGUGGCUGCCAUGAUGUACUGCACCUCCAGGAGUCUUGAUGUAAAGAAUCCUUCCUAUAUGUGUCUUCUUUUAGCACUCCACAGCCAGGGGUCUGUAUUAGCUUCCAUAUACAGUAGUAGUUGUAAUGACAGCUCCCUGGGCUCUUGGGGGCUCUGAAACCUGUAUAUUAGCAAAGCCUUGGAAGAUAAGCGCCUCAGUCGGGGUAUUGGUGAUAUAUCUCGCUGAUUGGUGCACCAGAGGAAAUAUAUCGACGACAACAAGUGACAUUCUUCAUUGGUGAAUGUUUGGAUGUUUUCCCUCAUACUGUACCACAGUAGAUGUUUAUAUAGCCAGGGAAUUUGAACCAUUGGAAGACAGUUUCGAACAAAAACUCUGUGGUAGAAAUUGGUUAUAGUUUUCAAUGGUCAAGUGUACAUGAUAAUGGCCUCUUUCUACACUCCCAUAACACAUGUUACCGUGGCGUUUAUCUGUGUAUAAUGAAUGUGUAUUUUUGCCCUUUCAUUGUCGGUUUUACAUAUCACGUCGAUGUCUCCAUGUUUGUAAACAAUGCUGAGAGAAGGAGAGGUGAAGUAUUGUCCCAGAGUCACGCACGUUACGCCUCAACACUUGUUUUCAUUCUUCUUCAUCAGCCGUGACGAUAGAAGGUAUUGUUAGUGCCUAUAAUAAUGAUUUACGUAUCUACAAAUUAAUACAUUUAACGGAUUGAAAAGAACGUUAUAUACUGAAAGAACGUUGUAAUGUAAACAGGAAGAACGCUAUUUAUAAAACCCCCGCUAUACUAUAUAUAAAACGCUGUAAUUUAUACAGGUAUACGAAAUAUCAGAAUGACGAACAAUUAUUUAUCAGUAAGUAAUAUCGUCACUUUCAAUAGAAUAGUUUUGUUAAUCAAUAUUUCCAGGUGAAGAGGAAAGUGUACUGUACAGGUAGACUAAACACACCUAUAUGUCUCAUUAUUAGUUCUUCUUGAGCCAUUACUUCAGGUGUUGGUGAAGUGAUAUUACAAAAACAUCAAAACAGUUAUGAAUACUAGUUAUUGUCUAGUCAAUAGUCAACUACCAUAGUCCUGUCGCCUCUCCUCCUGAACCACGAACCCAGAGAUUCAGACUCGUGAACCCGAAGCAUUUAUGGACACAGUAAUGUAUCAAUCUCCUGCUUCGGGUUCACGAGUCUGAAUCUCGGGGUUCGUGAUUCAGGAGGAGAGGUGAAUUGACUUUAGUACUUAAUUGACUGUACAACAAGAUCUGAGAGUUAAUUGAUCUUUCUUCAGUCUUUCCAGUACAGUAUCUGAGGACUGAAUUUAGUCUUUUACUUGACACAUUUUUUCCUCAAUGUCUCGUCAGUGCCUCAGUGCCCCGGGCGGUGAAGAAAUUAUUCUUAGUCAUCAUUAUGUUGAUGACAAGAAAUAAUUGUUUUUUCCUCAUAAAGUAUCAACAGCUACAGCACUUAACAGCGAACUGAAGUUGUAUACUAACUGUUUUAUUUGUUAGAAUGUUGACAAGGCGACACCACAGUACUUGUCUCGCUUACUGGUGAAGAGAUCAAAGCUCUUGGUCACUCUACCUUUACUCAUCUCAGCGUGUAUAUAUUGUAAACAAAGUUCUCUCUUACCUUCAUGAAUAUGUUGCAUGGAUAUAUUAAAUUACAGGGCUUUUCCAACCAAUUAAAUGUUUUAUUUAC